AUGGCGACGGUAGGAGUCGACGCGAGGCGUCCUGAGACUGCGAUGGAGGAAGUCUGCAACGUUAAGGGAUCGGUGGCCAAACAAGGAGAAGGGCUUAAGCAGUACUAUCUCCAACACAUCCAUGAGCUCCAGCGUCAGCUCCGGCAGAAGACUAACAAUCUCAAUCGCCUUGAAGCUCAGAGGAACGAGCUCAAUUCUCGAGUACGAAUGCUCAGAGAAGAGUUGCAGCUUCUUCAGGAACCUGGAUCCUAUGUGGGUGAAGUGGUAAAAGUGAUGGGAAAAAACAAGGUCUUGGUUAAGGUUCAUCCAGAGGGGAAGUAUGUUGUUGAUAUUGACAAAAGCAUAGACAUAACGAAAAUCACACCAUCAACGAGAGUUGCUCUCCGUAAUGAUAGCUAUGUCCUCCACCUGGUCCUGCCGAGCAAAGUAGAUCCGCUGGUUAACCUUAUGAAAGUUGAGAAGGUUCCAGACUCCACAUAUGACAUGAUUGGUGGUCUUGACCAGCAAAUUAAGGAAAUAAAGGAGGUCAUUGAGCUGCCAAUCAAGCAUCCUGAAUUGUUUGAGUCUCUUGGAAUUGCGCAGCCAAAGGGUGUGUUGUUAUAUGGUCCACCUGGAACUGGGAAGACACUUUUGGCUCGGGCUGUGGCACAUCACACUGACUGUACUUUCAUCAGAGUCUCUGGUUCCGAGCUGGUUCAGAAAUACAUUGGAGAAGGUUCUAGAAUGGUCAGAGAACUUUUUGUUAUGGCAAGGGAGCAUGCACCAUCAAUCAUCUUCAUGGAUGAAAUCGAUAGUAUCGGGUCUGCUCGUAUGGAAUCUGGAAGUGGAAAUGGUGACAGUGAGGUGCAGCGGACUAUGCUUGAGCUUCUCAAUCAACUUGACGGGUUUGAAGCAUCAAACAAAAUCAAGGUUUUGAUGGCAACAAAUCGUAUUGAUAUUCUGGAUCAAGCGCUUCUCAGGCCUGGAAGGAUUGAUAGGAAAAUUGAAUUCCCAAAUCCUAAUGGAGAUUCACGUUUUGACAUCUUGAAGAUUCACUCGAGGAGAAUGAAUUUGAUGCGUGGAAUUGAUCUGAAAAAGAUUGCAGAGAAGAUGAAUGGUGCAUCAGGUGCUGAGCUGAAGGCUGUGUGCACGGAGGCGGGCAUGUUUGCGUUGCGGGAGAGGAGAGUGCACGUGACUCAAGAAGACUUUGAGAUGGCUGUUGCGAAGGUUAUGAAGAAAGACACAGAGAAGAACAUGUCUCUGCGUAAGCUAUGGAAGUAG